AUGCAUCUCUUAGACUUUCCGACCGAGCUUCUGGAGAAUAUCGCGCAGCACCUUGAAUCGCAGGCGGAUAUUAACGCCCUACUUCGCAGUAGCCAGCGACUUUACUCGAUCUUGAACGCUUACCUUUACUCAGUGAAUGCUCGGGUUUUUACUGGAUCGGCUUUAUUGUGGGCGGUGCAAUAUGAACAGCUCCAAACUGCCGACUACGCGCUACGCUAUGGUGUUCAAGACCUCAUUGACUGGGACCGAGAGCCCCUUCACUGCGCUACCGAGACCGCAAAUGAGCGAUUUGUCGAACUGCUUCUCAGAUACGAAGCUGGAGUGGACUGUAAGAGGCUGAACAAAACUCCUCUAUACGUGGCAGCGGGCAAGGGCUAUGAGGGAGUGGCGAGGCUGCUGUUGCACCAUGGCGCGGACUUAGAGUCAAACAACUUCGAGGGCAAUUUAUUUCGCUAUAACACCCCACUCCAUAUUGCAGCUUACCAUGGCCAUGUUGGUAUUGUCAAGCUAUUUCUCGAGCAAGGAGCCAAUAUUGAAACGGAAAAUUCAAACGAAAGCACGCCUCUACUCCAAGCUCUUUAUGGGUCGCAACCGGCGACGUUUUGGCUCUUACUGAAUCACAAUGCAAGCAUCGAAGGAUACGAAGUUCCGGAGACAAUUCUUCACACUGCUGCAUUGGAAGGGAAUGUUGAAAUAGUCCGAGGCCUGCUUGAAAGAGGCGUUGGUCCUAACUUGAAAGAUCGAACGGGCACCUCUCCCCUGACCGACGCUGCCUUACAAGGCUGCCACGAGGUUGUGAGACUUUUAGUGGAAAGCGGCGUGAAUCUUGAAAGCAGGGAAGAGGAUGGCUCUACUGCUCUAAGUAUCUGUGCCUCAUUUGGCCAUGAAACUGCUGCACUGAUUCUUCUCGACUGCGGUGCGGAUCCAAACACGAAGGAUUCUCAUGGCAAUACACCCUUACAUAAAGCUGUUAUACACGAUCAGAGUUCCAUCAGUAGGGCCUUAAUUGAAAGAGGGGCUCAUCCUGAUGUCGAAAAUGGCAGUGGAGAAACACCCAUCUUUCGAGCUGUUGAGCAUGGGAAAGAGGAAAACGUUCGAAUUUUACUGCAACACGGUUGCAAUCGUGAGGCAAAGAGAGCGGAUGGGAUAACCCUUUUACAUCUUGCUAAGCAGUAUGACAAUAAUGUACUAAUGGCAAUAUUACAAAAUGAAUAG